AUGAAGAAGACAAGAGACCAAGAAGGAGUCUUUCUCCUGAUCUUCAGCCAAGCAGGGCCUAUGGCUGACGUCGUCCAGCAGGAAGAGCUAGAAGUCAGAAGUCAGAAGUCAGAAGUAAAAGAGAGAGAGAAGAUACGAAGAUGGGCAGAAAGAAGCCUCGAGAGCCGGGCAAAAAAGAAAAACAGAGCAAAGCACGCAAAGACGAAGCAGAAGCCAGCAGAAGAAGAAGAAGAAGAAGCUAAGAGGCGCGAGAGAUAUAAGAAAGGCCUCGCUUUCCCCAGACUUGCCCCAGACUCUCUCCCCCCGUCUCCGUCUCCGUCCCCGGACUCGCUCUUCUUGACUCUGAUCUUGUCCAACUCUUCUCUUCUCUACUCUCCUUCUCGACUUGACUUCUAUCAUCAUCGCCGUCGCCGUCGCCGUCCUUCGUCCUGCCAUCAAGUCUCGCUGUAA